AAACAAUAAUUAUCCCUCUCUUAAUAGGUGUUGAACAUUUGUUUAAACAAGAGUGGUUGUAUAAAUUGGUGAAGUUAAUUUAGCAAGAAAGAGAAGCAAAGCAAGCACAUGCAGAUUGCAGACACACUUGCUUGGAUAGAUAAACCUCACUCACUCACUCAACCAGCCAUUCCAUUCCAUUCCUUCUUUUCUUUUUCACACACAAGCACAAGCACAAACACAUCAUUCUUCACACAAUUCAUCAAACAAAACAAAAACCUCUUCACCUUUUUUGUCUCUCAUGGAACGUUACACGCUACCCUUACCACAAGGACUUCAUAAUUCUCUUACUAUACCUUGGUCUGAACCACAGCAACAACAACAAUCACCUUCAUGGUCCACACCUAACUCCGAACCUAAACUCAACAACAACAACAACAACGACCAAGACAUUGCCAUUGCUAUUGCCAUGGCUGCUUCUACUACCUCUCUCCCUUUCUUCAAACCCGAACCUGAUAACUUCUACAACCUCAACUCUACUACUACAACAACCAACAACGUUGUUCCGUUUGUUUCAAAUCCCAAUUCUACAAAUGAUAAUUUUCUCAUGCACCAAAACACAAACACCAUGGAUUCAAUUUCAAAUCCACACCCUUUCUUCCACAACAACAACAACUACUUCUUCAACAAUAGCAACAGCAAUAAUAACCCUUUUGAAAUGGGAUUCGACAAUGGAUUCUUUAUGGGAAACAACAACAACAGCAACGCUUCCAAUUCACCUGUUUUUAUGGGUGCCUCCCUCGACCUGACUUCCGCUUCCGAGUUUCCACCGACUCUUGAACUCGAUGCUUCUGUACCACCUUUCAGUGCUUCGUUUUCUAUGCCUCUUGAGCUCUCUCAACCGCAACCUCAACAGCAGCAGCAGCAACAACAACAGCAGCCGACCACGCUGUUUCAGAAGCGGCGAGGGGCGUUGGAGAUUCCGAGGUUGGAGACGGUGGGGAACAAGAAGAAGAGAAAGGUGGAGAAAAAAUGGGAGGAAGAUGGAAAUGGUGGUGGUGAGGAUGAUGUUGAGGAUUUCUCUGAGUUGAAUUAUGAUUCUGAUGAGAAUGGAAAUGAUUUGAACAAUUCCAAUGGGACUGUUGUUACUGGUGGAGAUCAAAAGGGGAAGAAGAAGAAGGGGCUUCCUGCCAAAAAUCUCAUGGCCGAGAGGCGUCGGAGGAAGAAACUCAAUGAUAGGUUGUACAUGCUUAGGUCUGUUGUGCCAAAGAUUAGCAAGAUGGACAGGGCUUCAAUACUUGGUGAUGCAGUUGACUACUUGAAGGAGCUACUGCAGCGGAUUAACAAUCUUCAUAACGAACUGGAAUCAACUCCUCCUGGCUCAUUGCUGCAACCUUCUGCAAGUGCAAGCUUUCACCCAUUGACACCCACUCCACCGACUCUUCCUUGCCGAGUCAAGGAAGAUCUAUAUCCUGGUGACUUGCUAAGCCCCAAAAACCAAUCUCCUAAGGUGGAAGUUAGGGUAAGGGAAGGGAGAGCGGUCAACAUUCAUAUGUUUUGUACCCGAAGACCAGGACUUUUGCUUUCUACCAUGAGGGCUUUGGAUAACCUUGGAUUGGAUGUUCAACAAGCUGUUAUUAGUUGUUUCAAUGGCUUUGCUUUGGAUGUUUUCAGAGCCGAGCAGCAAUGCAGAGAAGGUCAGGAUGUUCCCCCCGAGCAAAUUAAAGCAGUACUUUUGGAUUCGGCAGGAUAUCAUGGUUUGAAUUGAUUGAAGUGUCUGAUAAAAUGCUACCCUUAUGGAGGUACUAACUGUAGCUGCUGUAGCUCCUUGUUUGUAGACGCAUUGCUUCUUGUUCUUCGCCUUAGUAAAAACCCAUGUUUCAGGACAAGAUGAAAUAGAUUAGCUUAAUCUUUAGGUGGAGAAGAUAGCUGUUAACAUUUUCUCAAUUGCGCUUAUGACAAAUGCGACCGCAAGUUGUUCAAUUUAUGAUUAAGUGGUGUAAUGAAUUGUUAAUUUUUUUUCA